AUGGUGAAAUGCAAGUGUGGAGCUGUAGGGAUCAUACGAACUUCAGGAACAAAGAGAAAUCCUGGUAGGCCUUUUUAUGCAUGCCCUUUACAGGGACCAAGAAGUGGAUUUAUUUCGUGGGUAGAUGAAGAAAAUCAUACGUAUGAGGUUGAAAGCCAAAAUCUUGAGCUUGAAAUCCAUAAUGAAGAACUUCAAAUCCAAAAUCGUGACCUUGAAAUCCAGAAUGAAGAACUUGAAAUCCAAAAUCGGAACCUUAAAAUGUUGUUAAUUGUCAGUUGGAUUUUGUUUUUUGGGAUAAUUGUUUACAAGUUGUAG